AACUCAAUAGGAUACAGUGAAAUGCAAAUCUUUGAAAUUAGUUUAUGUUUGUAAACUCUUUCUUGCAUUAUUGUGAUAUUUGUUCUCGCCUUAUGUAAUGAUACAAAUAUUGUAUUCCUGAAUGUAUGAUUUUAAUUUUAAUUUUAUUUGCAAAUCAGCACCAUCACCUAGAUCUAUGUUUUUGUAUUUUUUAACAAGCAAUUAUUCAUACUGAAUGUGUAUUUUGAUAUCCUUACAGCAUGUUACUAAGAGGCUACAUGGUUCUUCUGGAACACCCAAGUCCAAGACGAGGAUCAACUUCCAGCCAUUGACUGACAAUGAAUCUUCAAUUGGUCCAGUGCCACAAAGAGGAAAACAAGUUCAGGUAAACAGCCAGUAUGAUUUCUUCAAAGAUGCGUUCCUACAGCAAAUUCGUGAUGAAGUAGAUGUUUUGUGCAAGCCUGCGAAUAAAUCAGCUUUCCGUGAAUCCUCUUUGAGUGAUUUGAAAAACUUCAACAUCAAACAGCAAGCUACUGAAUUAAAAAGCAAAGCUCCAACAUUACUUUCAGUACUUGAAGCGGCAACCGAGACUCCUAGAAGAGACAGGAAUGUUGAGAAAACAAAGGAGAGUGUGCUGCCAAGGGUAGUAUCGGCUGCAAGUGUAUUGUUGAACACGAGAUCACAAAAUAUGAAUGCUCAUCAAGUCCUCAAUUCACUAACGUUGAAGGCAGGUUGUUCCAAGAAGAGCACUUUCUCAAGGAUGCAGAGUAAAGGACUUUGCGCAUCCUACACGACAACCUUGAUAAAGCAAGUUGAAUGUGGGAGCAACUUUGAUGAUGAGGUAAAGAAAUGGGCAGAAGAAGCCCAUCAAAAUAAUGAGAAAGAAAAGGAACUUGCUAAGGAAGGCGGAGAGAUGGUAGAAAUAUACAACAGAAGUAGAACUGAUAAGGGGUAUACACUUGUCAUGGACAAUGUGGAUAUGGUUGUCCAUGCACGUCACCCAACAAGAGACAAUUAUGGCAAGGACUACCACAUGGUACAGAUGAUUGCAUAUCAAAACAGAGUUACUGCAUUCCACUUGUCUAAUGCGCCACCUACACGAUCAGUGGAUUCCGUGGACUCAUUAGAGUUCCUGCCCACAGCACAGGAAAACCUAAUCCUCAGAAGAGACUGGAUGAUACUCGCUGCAAGAAUGAUUUCUCAGCAUAUUCCUGCUCUUAAGGAAAUGAUGAAUGUCUUCCCAUCUGAGAUUACGCAUGAACAUAUGGCAGAGAUGUCAAAAAAAUCCAAAGUGGUCAACUUAGGCGUUCUUAAUGAGAAUGAAAACACCACUGAUGGAAUCCUAAAGAUUAUGCACCAUAUGCAUCAGUACGUUCCAGGCCAUUCAUCAGAACAACCAACCACCAUUAUCAGCGCUGGAGAUCUUCUGACAUGCGAGAGAGAAUCCAACUGCAUCGAGGAACAGAGAAACUCGUCAACGCCUAGUCAAAGGCUCGAAGGACUAAUGCCUGUUAUAGCAGACUUUCAUGCUUUAGCAAACUUCUAUCAGGUUAUUUGGAAAUCUCUUUAUGACGCAUCCUCAGCUGCUGACAAGGGUACAUUAUACUCGGCAAGAAACUAUCUGGAGGCUAGAGGGGUCACAACAAAUCCCAUGAAAAACAUCAACGCAGCAGCUGACCUUAUUGAAAAGUAUGCCACUGCCUUAGUUCUUGCUGCAGCUAUGGACUACUUUGGCCUUGACAGUUUGGAUGCUGAGCCUACAAAGCACACCUUCAACCUGGAAGAGCAUCAUGACUUCAAACAGUAUGCAGAGAAAGAAAUGGAAUCGUUCAUAUGUCACUACAUGAUCCCAUCAAGUGAGGAGGUGAAGCUUGAUGAGCAGUCCUGGGUGUGCAGCGAUUGCAACAAGAAAUACGCUACCAGGAAAGGUCUCGUAAACCAUGGAAAAAGGGCUCAUUCUGGGAUGAAGGCAGCAUCUGCAUCAGCCUGCGGGCCUCAGCAUCAAGGAAAUCAUGAUGGAGUGCUGAAUUAUUCAAGAUGUGCUUUGGGAAUGUGUAUGGUGGCACUGGAUUUCAAUGAUGCUCGUCAGAUGGGAGAUGGUGGACGUAUCAUACGUCUCUACAAGAUCCUUCUGCUCCAUUGCAAAGCAGCUCAAAAACCCAAGUAUAGCUUCAACAUCUUGAGAUUGUUAGCUCAAGUGCAGUGUUUCCUUUCACCAAGAUUGUCAUAUGAGCUUGUGUGGAACAGAUUCAUUAAUACCAAGGGAAAAGCAAAGUGCAAUGUUGAGCCUGACCGAGUCCUCGAGCAUCAUAACGGGGUCUUCAAGGAGCAAGCUCAUGGAUUUCGUGGCAAGAUUACCCAGAAAAGCGUUGACAGGGUGAGCAGAUCAGCACAAGCUGUUAAUAGUGUACUGACAAAUGUUGAUCGUCAGUUGGAAGUCAAGAGGCCAUCAGCCAAACGGCAAUCAACAGGGGCAAAUGAUGUUGCCUCACUAGCAGUAGAGUUACACCAGGAACAGCUCUUUAGAGAAUGUCCUGGUCGUAGGCAUUCAGCAUUCCCAAACUUCCCAGUCACUCUCCUUGGAACGCUUGAAGUUCCUGAUCUUCACAGGUGGAUAAGUACCACUUUGAGAACUCUGUCAAGACAAAAUCAGUUUGCUUCACACUGAAGAAUCAUCGGUCAAUGUAGUGCAUUAUCAAUUAUCAAUAUAAAGAAUAAUUGUGAACAUUGUUUCAUCAAGAUUUAUACCCUGAAGUUCUUGCUUCAACAUUAGUAUAAAAAUGCUGUUUGUACAUGUACCAUUUUUUGGUUCUAUUGUGUCAUAAUUUAAAGCAUUGCCUACAGAAGCCAGGCAUUCCUUGAAUUUAGAUUAUUUGGAGAUUUAAAGAACUUGGAAUCCAAUUCUGUAGUUUAAAUGUCCCACCUACAUCUUAGCAGUGAAGAAGAGAGAUACAUGAACGGGAUACAGGUGUACAUGAACUUUAGUGCUGCACCCAUAUUUAUCUCAUUGCUAUGAACUUCAUGUUAUUUCAUUUGAAGUAUGGUGCUGCAUGUAUAUUCAUGGGAAGAUAAGAUAUAUAUUUUUUUGUUAAAUACUAUACAGCAGUACUUUGCUUGGGUUUGUGAGAAGGAAGUUCAAAGGCAUGUACCAAAGAUUUAUUAAAAAACACACAUAUUACUAUGUUCUUUCAUAUGAAGUAUGUGUGUGGUAUUGUGUGCAUUCAAAUGCAUAUUACAGUGUAGAUGAUACAUAUUUUGUUUAUUCAUCAAAUUUCACAGUUAACAGUUUGACAAAGUCUAUACAUCAACAUUUUUCUUGAUUUUGGGAGAAGGCAGUUCAAAUGGAUGUACCAAAGACUUUUUUAAUGAUAUUACUAUGUAUCGUGUUCUUUCAUUUGAAGUACAUGUAUGGUGAUGUGUGUAUUCUUAAGAUUAGAUGAUAUAUUUUGCGCAUUCUAGAAGUAAUGAGAUUUGGCAAAUUUCUUGUUAGAAAAGAAAAGAAAGAAAAAAGUUCUAUACAUCAGUUUUCUUGAAUUUAUGAGAAGACAGUUCAAUUACAUGUACCAAAUAUAUAUAUAUAUAUAUAUUUUUUUUUUUUAAAUUCCCAUUUCUAUGUAUCUCAUGUUCUUUCAUUUGAAGUGUGAUGAGCUGCAUGUAUUCAAUAGAAGAUUAGAUGAUAUAUUUUGUUUAUUCUUAGAAGGUAUCAGAUCGGCAAUGAACCUAAAAAGUGAGAAGGCAGUACAAGUACAUGUACCAAAAAUGAGAACAUACAUGUAAGUUUUGCUAGAUGUCAUGGCGAUAGAAACGAUGCAGGUUAUAGUUUUCAAGGUCAAUUUCAGUACCGUAAGCUUUUUGACCAAUUUUUUUUUUGAAAAUGUAUUUAAAUAUAAUCUUAUCCUUGUUUGUAUAAAUGCAUUAUUUCAAGAGAAUGAUUAUAGACAUUUCAAAGCAGGAUUUGUAUGGGGUUUUUUUUGUAGGAAAGCCGUAAGUAGGUGUUUGGUUUGAUCAUUUUUUACAUUUGAAAUAAACUGUUUCUCAAUUAAUAUAUUUAUGUAAUUGUUAAGUUCUCCAAAUACUUUGCUUUCAAAAUGUGAUAUCAUGAUAGACAUGUUAUAAUCAUUGGAAUGACUUUUCUCUAAAUCUCAUUUCUUGUGUCGUCACUUUGUAUGAAAGCCAUACAAAGAAGGAAGUAGAUAGGUAUUAGAUUCUCCUUUGAAUUUGAAGUAACUUUACAUGUACACCCAAUGAUUGUUAAUUUAAGCUACAUAUUAAAGCUUACCUCAUUUACAGGUUAUAACAGUUUACUUUGAUGUUAUUAACAUGUUUUGCAGAUGAUAACAUGCUCUAACUAUUAUGCUCGUUGCCAAUUUUUUGUCUUCAAGAGAUAAUCAGUAUUCCACAUACAUUGUUGUACUUUUUAUGCAAGUACACUAUUGCUGAGCACUGUUCUUGCACAUAGUCCUUGAUGGCAAAUUACAUUUAUCUUAAAUCAUGCACUACAGUGUGAGAUACUAUUCUGCAAAGGGUAAGGAAUUCAAGUUAUUCAGUGUUUAACCCAUUUGCGACAACAAUCAGAGUCCUGAAUUCCAUGUUUACAUAUUUAUGUUCAUCUUCAAGUGAGUGGGGACAUAAUAGACUUCAAAAUGGGGGUGUUUCUUCAGGUGCCUUUGUCAGUGAUUUUGACUGACAAAUUCGCUCUCGGCUAAUCAGAUGCAAGGAUUUCAGUAAAAAAUAACAGUUUGUCUGUAAAAAUCACUGACAAGACAAUUGAUGAAAUGCUUCCUAGUUUGAAACAUAUCAUCUGUUACUAGUGUAGUUUAAUAGCCCCCUUAGGUACACUAUGAAGUUGAAGUCUGUAAAUUGGAAUGAAAAAAAUCUUGGUAAAAUGAUUACAUGCACUACUUUGUGUUUACAUCAUGUGUAGUGUUCAGAGUGUUUGUGUGAUUGAAUGAUGGAAAAACGAAAUUGUUAGCAAUUCAUACUGUUUUGUAGUGGUUUUCAUUGCCCGGAAUUCACACUGGUGGUUUAGAUUUAGGGUUGGAUUUCCCUUUAAAGAGUCAAGGAACUGUAGCAAAUUGCAAGAAUGCAUUGCAGUGCAAGAAUGAAAAUCUCAAUCUCCUUUCCUCAAAUAUGUUUCAUCUUUAUUCAGCAUAAUAAACAAAGAAGUAUAAACGUUUCAACCCAGGUCCAUGACACAAUGUAGUAUACAAUACACAACUGUGUCACUGGCAGGGUAUACAAGACAAGUACAACAUAGGAAACAUAUAAAGCAUAAAUAUCAAAAAUGGUUAACAAAAUAAUGAAAAAAAAAAAA